AUGUUCGGCAGAGCCUACACAUCCCUGCUAGCCUUGGCCAGCGUUAUCCAAGCAGUGCCAUUCUCUAGUCGACUACACAAGAACACGGCCCUGGUACUCAUUGAUGUACAGAAUGAUUUCAUCACCGGCUCGCUGAACAACUCUCGCGCCCCAGCUAUUUUGCCAAAGAUCUAUCAACUGUUGGACGAUCAUGAGUGGCCAUUCAUUGCAGCAUCACAGGAUUGGCAUCCCAUCGACCAUGUCUCUUUCGCGUCAGCGCAUCCCGGCAAGGAGUCUGGCGAUUCAGUCAACAUCACGUUCCUAGACACUCCUACCAAGAUUGAGACGCAAGGCUUCCGCACGCCCGUCAAUUACAUCAAAAAGGCCCAAAACCACUCGGUUGAUUCGUGCUCGGCCUUUGCCGAUAACCAGUACCACCAAUUCACGACAUUGGACUCGGAGCUCUCUUUGCAUAGCAUCGAGACCCUUGUCAUUACAGGCCUGAUUACCAAUGCCUGCGUUCGGGGUACCUCGAUUGACGGCAUCAAACUGGGAUACGAAGUGAUUCUGAUUGAAGACGCGACCGAGACGACGUCAGACGAAGCCAAAGCCACUGCGAUAACGGAACUCGAAGGGUGGGGUGUUCAAGUCAUGAACCUGACAGAUUGGGAGGCAGCAUAUCCCACGUCUUCCAAGGCGAGAAGACUUCUUGAAUUAUAA